GCUUCAGGACCCAUCCCACUGUAGUCGGAGCUGCAGUCACUUGCCUCCUUUUGCGCACGCCUUGGAGAUAAGGAAAACGUCUGACGUUUCUCCAGUAACCUACAGCCUACAUGCAUGUUUGUGGUGCUGAAUUUAAACAGACGGGACUGUUUCACGAGACGUAAAUUGUCAUUUUGUGGGAUCAAAAUGAAACAUUUUGAAUGGCUCGUUUCCACUUGAAAUUCAAGUACGAGGGACGUUAGUAUGCAGCGCCGUCUGUGAAGUUCGGACAACCAACAGGGAUAUGUAACCGAAAUAUGACGUUUAUUUUUUGCAAACCUGCCUUGUUUUAAAUGAUCUGCGUUGAGGAAUAUGAAUGCCGUAUCAUUAAAACAUAAAGGUAGGCUACGUGUUUAGACCAGAAUACCGUUUUUGAUAGCCUAAAUAUAUACUAAGUCUUGUCCAUCAACAUGUGGCACUUUGAAGGUCCGUAGACAUUAUUAUGAUGAAUCAAGAAGAAACUAAUGAAAGGAUCAUGUGUAAUAAUUCACACUAAUAUGAAAACACCUUAUUGUUAUAAUGGAUGAGAAAUCCAAUAAGCUGAUUUUAGUUCCUAUUUUAGCUGUUCUUUUUGUAAUGAUAGGCUAUCAAUAUAUCUGUCCAGCUGGCAGCAACUCUUGCCACUUCAAUAGUGGGGAAAAAUUGAGAGGGGCCAGUAUACUUUCUACUCAAUAUCGGGCAACCGAAGACUUUUACACAGAACUGGAGGAUGACAGCCCACCGAAAUUGCUGUCAAAAUUCAACUUUACUGAACGAGACCUUCAGCGGCACGUGGAUUUCAACAUCAAAGGAGACGAUGUGAUAGUGUUUUUACACAUUCAAAAGACUGGUGGAACCACGUUUGGAAGGCACUUAGUUAGGAAUAUUCGUUUGGAGCAACCAUGCGACUGUAAAUCAGGGCAGAAGAAAUGUACUUGCCACCGACCAGGCAAAGACGAGUCCUGGCUGUUCUCUCGGUUCUCUACGGGCUGGAGCUGUGGUUUGCAUGCCGACUGGACAGAGCUCACCAACUGUGUACCUGUCAUCAUGGACAAGAAGAAAGCUCAAAAGAACAGAAGGAACUUCUACUACAUAACCAUGCUGCGUGACCCCGUCUCCCGCUACCUGAGCGAAUGGAAGCACGUGCAGCGCGGAGCCACCUGGAAGACCUCCCUGCACAUGUGUGACGGGCGCUCACCCACGCAGGACGAACUGCCCACCUGCUACAGCGGGGACGACUGGUUGGGCGUCACCCUGACCGAGUUCAUGGACUGCCCGUCUAACCUGGCCAACAACCGACAGGUGCGCAUGCUGGCCGACCUAAGCCUGGUGGGCUGCUACAACCUGUUAUCAAUGAACGAGAGUGAGCGCAACCACAUCCUGCUGGGCAGCGCCAUGAACAACCUGAAGAACAUGGCCUUCUACGGACUGACCGAGUUCCAGCGCAAGACGCAGUACCUGUUUGAGCGGACGUUUAGCCUGCGCUUCAUCGCCGCCUUCACGCAGAUCAACAGCACGCGCGCCGCCAACGUGGACCUGAGCGAGGCUGUGCGCCGCCGCAUCGAGGAGCUAAACUACCUGGAUGUGCAGCUGUAUGAGUACGCCAAGGACCUGUUCCUCCAGCGCUUCCAAUACACCCGCCAGCGCCAGCACCAGGAGGAGCGCUUGAAGAGGCGCCAGGAGCGCCGUUGGCUGCGGGAGCAGAGGGAGCAGAGAGAGCAGAGCAGGGACUCUCUCCCCAAACCACAGGUGGGCGGGGAAGGGGGGGGAGACGAGCUGGCCACCACCACCGAAGACUACACCAGCCAGGUGGCUCGCUGGUGAGGUCCCACUCCUGACCUCACACCCAGAGAUAGGUCACAGAACAGUCAGUCUCAUAUGGUACUCUCUCUCUCUCUCUCUCUCUCUCUCUCUCUCUCUCUCUCUCUCUCUCUCUCUCUCUCUCUCUCUCUCUCUCUCUCUCUCUCUCUCCCUCUCUCUUUUUCUCUCUCUCUCUCUCUCUCUCUCUCUCUUCCUCUCUCUUUCUCUCCCUCUCUCUUUCUCUCCCUCUCUCUUUUUCUCUCUCUCUCUCUCUCUUCCUCUCUCUUUCUCUCCCUCUCUCUUUCUCUCCCUCUUUCUUUCUCUCUCUCUCUCCAUCUCUCUCUCUCUCUCUCUUUUUCUCUCUCUCUCUCUCUUCCUCUCUCUUUCUCUCCCUCUCUCUUUCUCUCCCUCUCUCUUUCUCUCUCUCUCUCCACCUCUCCUCUCUCUCACUAUCUCCUCUCUUUCUCUCUCUCUCCCCCCUCUGUCUACUCCCCCCCCUCUCUCUGUUUCUGUCUACUAUCUCUAUCUAUCUCUCUUUCUCAGUUUCAGCCCUGCUAAAGUUUAUUGGUUUGUUUUGGUGCUCCUGCACUUUCCUGCCUAUCAGUCAUAGUUAGCUAUAAUCAUGCAGGUUGUGAUAACUCUAUCAGUCAUAGUUAGCUAUAAUCAUGCAGGUUGUGAUAACUCUAUCAGUCAUAGUUAGCUAUAAUCAUGCAGGUUGUGAUAACUCUAUCAGUCAUAGUUAGCUAUAAUCAUGCAGGUUGUGAUAACUCUAUCAGUCAUAGUUAGCUAUAAUCAUGCAGGUUGUGAUAACUCUAUCAGUCAUAGUUAGCUAUAAUCAUGCAGGUUGUGAUAACUCUAUCAGUCAUAGUUAGCUAUAAUCAUGCAGGUUGUGAUAACUCUAUCAGUCAUAGUUAGCUAUAAUCAUGCAGGUUGUGAUAACUCUAUCAGUCAUAGUUAGCUAUAAUCAUGCAGGUUAUGAUAACUCUUAAAGAGAACACAAUCAAAAUAUGCUGCUUAGAAUUACUUUUUUAAUUGCAAUUUAGUGAGAGUUUACAUGCACACUAAUAAUACGAUAUUAAACAGAUUAUGGCAGUAGGCAGACUAUGCGAUAGUCAUCUAAACACCUUACUCUGUGAUCAGCUUUCGGCCCUCGUGCUCACGACGUCACACUCUGUGGUUUUCCCAUGUUUGCGGAGCCCGCGCCAACAGCACUGUUGGAUCAGCUAACCUGAUGUGUUGUUCUGUUAUGAGCAUUUCAACUCUCCAAUGACAAUAUUUUCAUUCAAAUAUUAAUCUACUUCUGAUUUGAUCGUUCUGUCUGAUCACUGAGCACAAUUUUGGUCAAUUAACCUUAACCUGUGAGUGGAAUUGUUUAUGUUGUUUAGUAUUAGUAUUAAAUUAGUAUUAGUAUUACGAAUCCAUGAUCCAAAUUAGGCCUGCGCUUGGACUAAAAAGCCUGCUAAAUUAAUCAUCUCUAUUGAAAGUGCUUUUUUGACCAAGAAUACGCAGCAUCUAGUUGCGGGGAAACUAGUCCUUUGCGUUUUAAGUAAUUGUAUGAGCUAAUAAAUUAUUAUGGUUGUGUGUGUGUGUGUGUGUGUGUGUGUGUGUGUGUGUGUGUGUGUGUGUGUGUGUGUGUGUGUGUGUGUGUGUGUGUGUGUGUGUGUGUGUGUGUGUGUGUGUGUGUGUGUGUGUGUGUGUGUGUGUGUGUGCGUGUGUGUGUUUUUGUCAUCAUUGUAUAAUGGUCACGAUGUCAUUGAGCCAACACAUCCACUAUGUUAAUACAUUACCUCAUCAUUUUCAAAUCAACAUUAUGGAUACAAUACCAUGAGUGUUUUUUUUUCACUUUUCUUUCAAAAGGUUGGAAUGUGCUGUGAAUAAAUCGCCCUGACAAAAACAACAUUUUAUUUUCAUGUAGUUGUUAUCUGCUCAAACUUACAGUAGUGUGAUGUAUAUAUUGAUGCAAAAUCUGGAAAGUCUGAAAUGAAUAUUUCAAAACCUAUGAUCUCUGUGUAAAUGAAGUGAUGAAACUGGACCUAAAAAGGUCAUGUCACACUAGAUAUUGUACUGCCAUUCCCUAAUCCCUGUGAUAGGCCAUGUUGUGAAAGAGUGAUUUGAAUAAACUUCAACUGUCAUUCAAUUUAAGUGCACAUCUUUGAAUAACAGAUAAUCUUACAUUUAUGUAUUGCAAAAGAGGUUUUGUCUUAAAGGAAAAAUGUUAUAUACCAUCACUCUGGGAAGUGGUGUUUAAGGUUAACUUUUUAAAUGUAUGAAUCUGUAUGAUACUAUUCAAAUGAUUGUGUAUGAAAAGGGCAGUCUUGAUUCCAUUUGACGUGUCAUACUUUAUCAGCAAUUUUCUUGUCAGGUCUACAAAGCUGGGUGAAUACUACUUCAGAUAUUAGAAAUAAAUGCCUUGAUCAACCAUGA